AUGGCGUCGCGCGCGAGCGACGACGAGCGCGCGCGAGCGAACGCGACGCUCGAGGAAGAGCGCGCGCGCGUGGCGGAGCUGCGGGAGAAGCUCAGGGGGGCGGUGAAGAAGGGGAAAACGAUCGAGAAGGAGCGCGAGGCGUUGGCGAAAUUGUUGGAGGACGCGCGUCGAGCGAGCGGUGCGAACGCGCGCGAGGACGCGGAGGCGACGGGAGGGAACGAGAAGGCGCUGGAGACGAAAGUCGCGGUGUUGCGGGCGGAGUUGGAGAGUUUUAAGGCGGAGAACGAGGCGCUGAGGGAGAAGUUGGACGCGGCGGAGGCGUCGAGCGACGAGAGCGACGACGAGAGCGACGACGGGAGCGAUGGAAGCGAUCGAGAGGACAGCGGUGGGUCCAUCGGGCGCGGGGGGAAGUCGAGAAAGACGUCGAAGGCGGCUCGGAUGCGGUUGCGCAUCGCCAAGGCGGUGGAGGAGAAUGAAAAAUUGACGCUCGCGUUGAACGAUUUGCGAAGCGAGACGGCGAACGCGACGGCGGCGGCGAAUGCGGAGAAACUCGCGGCGGAGGCGGCGAAGAGGGCAGCUGUUGAAGAGAGAGAGCUCGCGGCGAGUGCUCGGGCGCAAGCGGAGAGUGAGCACGUAGCGAGCGUACACGCGCGAGCGGAGGCGGAGGCGCGAGUGACGACGCUCGAAGCCGAGCUGGAAAAGUUGAGCGAAGAGAACCGCGCAGCGAACGGACGCUUGGCGCAUCUCACGGAAGCGUUCGCAGCGAAACAGGAAGAGUACGAAGGUAAAAUUGCAGCCGUGACGCAGAGCGCGCAGGGUGAGUCAACCGUCGAUCGCGCCGACGUCAAGAGAAUCGAGACGGAGCUCGCGCAAGCGAGACACGCGCUUCGCGAGGCGCAAGACGAAAUCGAUCGGCUGAAAUCGAGCGAUGCCACCGAAAGUGCGCUCGCAGCGCGCGCGUCAGAGAGCGUGUGGAAAGAACGCGCGCAAGCCGCCAUGGCGCAGGCGUCUGCGGCGAGGGAGGCGUACGAGACGCAGAUGAACAACUUGCGCGCGGAUGGCGGCGCUUCGAGCGAAACCAGCACGGCUGCGGAUGUCCUAGCCGCGGAACAGCGCGCGAAAGAAGCCGAGAGCGCUCUCGAAGAGACGCGCCGUGAACUCGCCGCCUUGGCGGCCGAACGCGCCCGCGAUAGCUCCGCGUCGUCGCCCGCGAACGCGUCCUUGGCUUCGCUCUCUCGCCGACUCGCCGAGAGCGAAGCGCUCGUGCUGAAGAAGAACGAAGAGAUCGAUUCUCUCACUCGACGAUUCACCGACCUCGCGUGGCGUUCGACGAUGGAAAAACGCGGUGCCGUCACCGGUGUCGCCACCCCGACCGUCGCCAACGCCGUCGUCGGCGCCGAAACUUUGACGCCGCUCGCGUACAAGCGUCCGCUCAACCGCAGGCUCGAGAGCGUUCUGCGUCACAGGCGAUUUAUCAUCGGUUCCUACCUCGUGCUCUUGCAUCUCAUCGCGUACGAGUACUUAUUCGUCGGCAACUAA